CCCGCGCCCCCCGCCCUCGCGCGCCCCCCAUGCACCACCUCCUGGAGCAGCCCGCGGACAUGGCGACGGCGCUGCUGGCGGGCGAGAAGCUGCGCGAGCUCAUCCUGCCGGGCGCGCAGGACGACAAGGCGGGCGCGCUGGCCGCGCUGCUGCUGCAGCUGAAGCUGGAGCUGCCGUUCGACCGCGUGGUCACCAUCGGCACCGUGCUCGUCCCCAUCCUGCUGGUCACCCUGGUCUUCACCAAGAACUUCGCAGAGGAACCCAUUUACUGCUACACCCCACACAACUUCACCCGCGACCAGGCGCUGUACGCCCGCGGCUACUGCUGGACGGAGCUGCGGGACGCGCUGCCCGGCGUGGACGCCAGCCUGUGGCCGUCGCUGUUCGAGCACAAGCUGCUGCCCUACUCGCUGCUGGCCUUCGCGGCCAUCAUGUACGUGCCCGCGCUGGGCUGGGAGUUCCUGGCCUCCACCCGCCUCACCUCGGAGCUCAACUUCCUGCUGCAGGAGAUCGACAACUGCUACCACCGCGCCGCCGAGGGCCGCGCGCCCAAGAUCGAGAAGCAGAUCCAGUCCAAGGGGCCGGGCAUCACGGAGCGCGAGAAGCGCGAGAUCAUCGAGAACGCGGAGAAGGACAAGAGCCCCGAGCAGAACCUGUUCGAGAAGUACCUGGAGCGGCGCGGGCGCAGCAACUUCCUGGCCAAGCUCUACCUGGCGCGCCACCUGCUCAUCCUGCUGCUCAGCGUGGCGCCCAUCUCCUACCUGUGCACCUACUACGCCACCCAGAAGCAGAACGAGUUCACCUGCGCGCUGGGCGCGUCCCCGGACGGGGGCCCGGCGGGCGGCGCGGGCCCGGCGGUGCGCGUGAGCUGCAAGCUGCCGUCCGUGCAGCUGCAGCGCAUCGUGGCGGGCGUGGACAUCGUGCUGCUCUGCGCCAUGAACCUCAUCAUCCUCGUCAACCUCAUCCACCUCUUCAUCUUCCGCAAGAGCAACUUCAUCUUCGACAAGCUGCACAAGGUGGGCAUCAAGACGCGCCGCCAGUGGCGCGGCUCGCAGUUCUGCGACAUCAACAUCCUCGCCAUGUUCUGCAACGAGAACCGCGACCACAUCAAGUCGCUCAACCGCCUGGACUUCAUCACCAACGAGAGCGACCUCAUGUACGACAACGUGGUGCGGCAGCUGCUGGCGGCGCUGGCGCAGUCCAACCACGACGCCUCGCCCGCCGUGCGCGACGCGGGCGCGCAGACCGUGGACCCGAGCGCCGACCCCGCGCAGCCCGAGGGCGCCGCCGAGCCGCCCGUGGUCAAGCGGCCCCGCAAGAAGAUGAAGUGGAUCCCCAGCAGCAACCCGCUGCCGCAGCCCUUCAAGGAGCCGCUGGCCAUCAUGCGCGUGGAGAACAACAAGGCCGACAAGCCCAAGCCCGUGCGCCGCAAGACGGCCACCGACACGCUGAUCGCGCCGCUGCUGGACGCGGGCGCGCGCGCCGCGCACCACUACAAGGGCGGCGGCGACGCGGGCCCCGCCCCCGGCCCGCCCCCCGGCCCCGACAAGAAGCCGGCCCGCCACUUCUCCCUGGACGUGCACCCCUACGUCCUGGGCGCCAAGAAGGCCAAGCCCGAGGCCUCGCCCGCCUCCCUGCCCGCCUCCCGCAGCCAGGAAGGGGGCUUCCUGUCCCAGGCAGAGGAGUGCGGGCUGGGCCUGGCGGCGGCCCCCACCAAAGACGCUCCGCUCCCUGAGGAGGACAUCCUGUACCCAGCAGAGCCGGCCCGGGCCGUGCUCCCCGCCGGCGGCCCGUUCCGUGUCUGCUCGCCCCCCGCAGUCCCUGCCACGGCCCCUCUGUCACCCGCCGGCCUCGGCAAGCCCGACCCCCUCGCCAUCCUGAGCCGCAACGCCACCCACCCGCUGCUGCACAUCAGCACGCUGUAUGAGGCCCAGGAGGAGGAGGACGGGGGGCCCCGGGCACCCCCAGACAUGGGGAGCCUCAUCGCCAUCCCCCCGCCCCAGCAGAUCCUCAUCGCCACCUUCGAUGAGCCGAGGACCGUAGUGAGUACCGUGGAGUUCUGAGGGCGCAUGGCUGCCAGGCCCCCCCGGGGGACCCUCUGCAUGACCAGGGUACACAGCCGCCCCAGCACUGCCCGCCCCAGCCUCCCACCCGCAUGCCUAGGGGCUCAGCACCUGUCCCUCCCCCUCUGUGGCAUUGUUGGGGUGCUGGCUGGGCCAGGGGCUGGCCGUGAGCCCCCUCCCCUGCAUCAGGCGCUCGCUGUGGGAUGAAGAGUUUAUUUUCUUAGUUCAUUUUGUCUUGGGCCCAGGAUGCUGGCCAGAGGGGAUGGUCUGUGGGGGACGUGUGGGUCCGAGGUGUAGAAGGAAGCUGGGGGCAGGGCACCACAGGCCUGGGACGCACAGCGCUGAGCCACACCGUGCUCCUGGCUUGCCCUGGCAGGGGCCGGAAGCCCUCGGGUCAAAGGUCAACAUGCACUUUCUCCUUGUACCCCGACUACCUGUACGUCACUAUGGUUACUGUAACCCGCAAGUAUCUCUCUCGUCAGGAGACUUAGGGUGCAUUUAAAACAAAGGGUGUGUGUGUGUGGGUGUGUGUGUGUGUGGCCAGAGGGGGAGGGCGCCUGUGUGCAAGUAGACACGUGGGUGAGCGUGCAAAGCAUGCGUGAGUGGGCACCAGCGUGUAAGCAAGUGUGUGUGAGCGGGCCCAGGCGAGCGUGCACGUGUCAGCCCAGGCACGGGCGCCGGCGCGUGAGCAAGGAAAGGAGUCCAACGCAAUAACCACGUCCCCACCCGGGCCGCAGCCCCUGGCCUCGGGCCCACGCCGCGUCCCGUGGGGGCGUCCCGUGGAGCCGGGCCAGCGCGGCGGGUCUGUCCCUAUUACCUCAGCCACGGCAACAACGUGACAGUAUGAACAAGGUAGCA